AUGUCUGACACCGGCCGCAAGCCCUUGAUGGACCAGGCUCAAGAGAAGAUCACGCCCGACUCUCAGAAGUCCACCCUCGACAAGGCCAAAGAGUCUGCCACGGGCACGGCCGACGACAUCGCAGGAAUGGUCCAGCCAGGAGACAGCAAGUCCACCACCCAGAAGCUCUCUGACGAGGCCUCAGCCAAGACCAGCUCGAUUCAAGACACUUUAUCCGGUGCCACGAAGAGCGUUCAAGACACUGCGUCCUCGGUUGGCCAGACGGCCAGUUCCAAUGCUGCCGCCGCACAGGAAUCAGGCAAGAGUGUGGUGCAACAGGCUCAGGACUUGGCCGCCAGUGUUCUGAACAGCGCUAGCAAAGCUGCGUCAGAUCUUGCUAGCAGCAUUUCCGGCGAGAAGAAAUAG